AUGGCAGCCCCAACAGAAGCGCAGAUCGCGCACACGCAGCUCCUCGAACAGCUCGACAUCCACUCCAUCCACAAGAACUUCCGCAACCCCAACUGGAAGCCCAACCAGCGCCGCAACAAGAACCUCAAGGCCAUCGUCGGCGACGCCUCCAAGCGCGAGGCCUCGGCCCUCGCGACCCCCCAGGACGUCAGCGGCGAUGCCACCCCGUCCGCCGCCGACGACGGCCUCUCCACGAGCGGCACCUCCACGCCCGCGACCGGCAGCAACAGCGGGAACCCGCCGCAGCAGCCGCCGAACCUCGCCCAGGCCUCGCGGAGCCUGUCCAAGCUCGUGCUCGAGAAGACGCUGAGGCCGCCGGGGGGCGCUGCUGGAGCCGGAGGCGUGUCUGCUGCGCCGAGCGCGACGUAUACGAACAUUGAGUCGGCGCCUUCAUUGGCGCAUGCCAAGCAUUACUGCGACAUCACGGGUCUUCCUGCGCCGUAUCUGGAUCCCAAGACGCGGCUGCGGUAUCAUAACAAGGAGGUGUUUGGGUUGAUCAGGACGCUGCCCCAGAGCUCUGCGGAGCAGUUUCUAGCUGCUCGAGGCGCGCACACGCCUCAACUAUGCACCUCCCGCCUUUCGGCAAGAGGAUGGCAGAUGACGCUCCGGCUUAAUCGGAAUCGCGAAAGAAGUUUUGCUCUCUGCCCUGACGGAGUACCGAAAAAACGCACGGAAGAAAAAAGCCGUCUCAGUUGCCAGAGCUCGUAA